AUGUCAAUUGAAUACUAUCCAUUGAUAUUUGAUCUUGGUUCAAGGUUUACCAGAUCAGGUUUCGUGGGUGAUUCACAACCUGCCAUGACUCUACCUAUAGCGAAGCCAUCAAUAGUGAAGUCCAGUUCAAAUUGCUCUAAUGAUGAGUCUACACUAAUUAAUACUCCACCGUAUCUAGAUGUGAGUAACAAGUCGUUAACAGAAGACUUAUCAUACAAGCUUUUACUGAGCUUGAAGGAUCAUCCAGUUUUUGGAAAGUUAUGCCAAAUAUAUCAAAAUGAUCUACAAGAAGCGAGAUGGAUAGAUUUUCAAACAGAACUACGUCAAGAUAACAAUCAUUUAUUUCAAAACCUUAAACUUCUUAUUAAUGAAAAACUACUAGUGCAGCCUAAAAAGAUCAAAUUGAUAUUAAUUGAUAAUUCCCAAGCGGUUUUAAUAAAUUAUAUAUUAUCGAAAUUUUUAUUAUUCGAGUUGAAAGUGAAGUCGAUAAUUUUCCUACCUGAAUCCAUAAUGACAAUGGUCGGAGCCAACAUACGAGAUGGUUUGAACAUUGAUAUAAGCUGGAAGAAGUGCACAAUAAAUUAUAUUUAUGAUUUGAGAAUAUUACAUGAAUUCAAUCAUGAAUCAUUUCAAAAAUUUAAUGGGAACACUUUACAUUACAAGAUCAUUGAAAAAUUGAUUGAGUUAAACGAUGGGACUCUUAAUAAAGAGCUACUUUCGAAAGAAAACUUGUUCGAUAUAGUCGAACUGUUUAUUGGAAAUGCCGUUUACGUUAAAGAUAUAGAUGACGAUAACUUGGAUGAGAGAAAGUUUGAAAUAAUCCCCGGUAUCCAUAUACCCAGUAGGAUAAGACAUGAAGUUAUUGAGGCUGUUUUUUUCAGCAAGGGACAUGACUUACAAGCAGGCGAAGGGCAUUUACCUUCUAUUAUUAAAGAAUGUAUCAAUAGGGUUCCAUUGGAUAUAAGAUUACAAUUGAUUAAAAACACAGUAUUCAGUGGUGGUCUUAGUAAGAUUCCUGGGUUUAAGACAAGAUUUUUAGAAGAACUAAGGGCACUUGAUAUACCAGCCAAGGGCAAAAUCACAUUAGGCUCAUGGACUGGGUGUUCAAUGUAUUGCUCGACAUCUUUAUUGAGACAAAGUCAAAAAAUAGUUAAAAAUCAUGAAAUUACACGAGAUGUUAUGAACGACUUAGAAAUCAAAGAUAAAGGUAUUAAUCUAACUGCAUUCCCAAAUGAUUGGAACUCUCUAUAUAGUUAA